CCGCCGCGGGGGCACCUCCAAGCUCGCCGGGGCCCGGCCGGGCAUGUGAAGAUGUCAGUGGGGUGCGCAUGCCCUGGCUGUUCCUCUAAGUCGUUCAAGCUGUACUCGCCAAAGGAGCCCCCCAACGGCAACGCCUUCCCCCCUUUCCACCCGGGCACCAUGCUGGAUCGAGAUGUGGGACCUACCCCCAUGUACCCGCCGACGUACCUGGAGCCCGGGAUAGGGAGGCACACGCCGUACGGGAACCAGACCGACUACAGGAUAUUUGAGCUGAACAAGCGGCUGCAGAACUGGACAGAGGAAUGUGACAAUCUCUGGUGGGACGCCUUCACCACGGAGUUCUUCGAGGACGACGCCAUGCUAACGAUCACCUUCUGCCUGGAGGAUGGACCAAAGAGAUACACCAUCGGCCGGACUCUGAUUCCCCGUUACUUCCGCAGCAUCUUUGAGGGGGGUGCCACAGAGCUGUACUACGUCCUCAAGCACCCCAAGGAGUCGUUCCACAACAGCUUCGUCUCGCUGGACUGCGACCAGUGCACCAUGGUGACCCAGCACGGCAAGCCCAUGUUCACGCAGGUGUGCGUGGAGGGGCGGCUCUACCUGGAGUUCAUGUUCGACGACAUGAUGAGGAUAAAGACGUGGCACUUCAGCAUCCGGCAGCAUCGAGAGCUCAUUCCCCGCAGCAUCCUCGCCAUGCAUGCCCAGGACCCCCAGAUGCUGGACCAGCUAUCCAAGAACAUCACCCGCUGCGGGCUCUCCAACUCCACCCUCAACUACCUCCGGCUCUGCGUGAUCCUAGAGCCGAUGCAGGAGCUGAUGUCGCGGCACAAGACCUACAGCCUCAGCCCCCGCGACUGCCUCAAGACCUGCCUGUUCCAGAAGUGGCAGCGGAUGGUGGCGCCGCCAGCCGAGCCGGCGCGGCAGCAGCCCAGCAAGCGCCGGAAACGGAAGAUGUCGGGGGGCAGCACCAUGAGCUCCAGCGGCGGCAACGCGAACAACAGCAACAGCAAGAAGAAGAGUCCGGCCAGCACCUUCGCCCUGUCCAGUCAGGUACCUGAUGUGAUGGUGGUGGGCGAGCCCACGCUGAUGGGGGGCGAGUUCGGGGACGAGGACGAGCGGCUCAUCACGCGGCUGGAGAACACGCAGUUCGACGCCGCCAACGGCAUCGACGACGAGGACAGCUUCAACAACUCGCCCGCGCUGGGCGCCAACAGCCCCUGGAACAGCAAGCCGCCCUCCAGCCAGGAGAGCAAGUCGGAGAACCCCACGUCGCAGGCCUCCCAGUAACGCCCGCCCGGCCCACGCCGGCCAGGCCCAGCCACCCGGACGCUUGCAAAGGAAAGGGACUGGGGAGCGGAUCGGCGCUGCUUGGUACCAGGGCAUGGGGCCCCCAGCCCUGCCAGCUGCCCUGCCCCCGCUCUCUGCACUCCUGCCUUCCCAUGGGGCCCCCUCUCCCCCGCGCAGGGCUGGGGCAUUGUACACACCCCCCCUCCCCAUGUUCCCCGGCCUGCCCUUGCCAAACGGGAGAGCCCAGCCCUGGGGGAGGGGAGUCUGCUUCCGUGGCUCCUGCCCGUUACCACCUGACCCCCUCCUUCGCUGGGGAAACCAGCAGCCGGCGAGCGCCCGAGGACCAAGGGUUGCGGUACACUGAGGCAGGGCGCGAUGGGGAGCGAAGUGAGUGCGCCGCUCCAGCCCCACAACCCACGAAGCGGCUGCUUCCCCUGUCCCCCUGCGAGCUGGUCCGGUGCAGCCUGCAGCAUCCCCUACGCGGGGUGGGUUGAUUGGGCUUUGGGGCAGGUAGCCAUUCGGGAGGCUCGUUCCUGUCGCGCCCCCCCCCCGGCCGCUGGGGAAGUGGCAGCCAGGCAGGGCCGCGUUUCUCUGCUCGCCUGGCUGGGAGAGGUUUGCCCUCGGGAGCGAGAGCGCCGGGCUGAGGUGGAGCGUUGUGUAUAUAGAAACCCGCCACGGAGACGAAUCCCCUUCAGUCUGGGGCUGGGAUGGGAGGAGGGGUCAGAGGCCGAAAUGAGAAAGCGCCCCAAGUCCACGCCUGGUUUCCUUGCUGUUCCUCUCGCUCUGUGUGCGUCGGCCUGGGCCCCGUUACGGCCCCGGGCUCCUGGCCCCCCCAACUGUUUUUUUUUUUAAAUAAUAAUAUUAAAAUUGUAAGUUUAAAAAAAAGGACCCCCCCCUCCUUCACCCUGA